AUGGUCCCAAGAGUGACAGCCCUUCGGCUCAUUGCCAAAAGGACGCUCACACCUUCAUUAUGCCAAACGAUGAAGAUGAGAUAUUCCACCGUCCCUCUGGCGUAUGAUCUUCACGAGCCGGCCAAGCCGUCGGUUGGCAACCCCAACAAGAACUCGCCUAUUGUUUUCAUGCACGGGUUGUUUGGGUCGAAGAAGAAUAACAGAACGAUAAGUAAAGUCCUCGCCCGUGACCUAGGCCGCUCCGUCUACGCCAUUGACCUCCGCAACCACGGGGACUCCCCCCACGACCCCCACCACAACUACACCGCCAUGGCCGCCGACGUAGGCGACUUUAUCAAGCAGCACGGCCUCAAAGACCCUUGCCUGAUCGGCCACUCCAUGGGCGCCAAAGCAGCAAUGACCCUCUCUCUCACCUCCCCCGCCCUAAUCUCCUCCCUCAUCUCCGUCGACAACGCCCCCGUCGACGCCCGCCUCGAGUCCGACUUUGCCCGCUACAUCCGCGGCAUGAAAGAGAUCGAAUCCUCCGAGGUCACCAAACAAUCCCAAGCAGACUCCAUCCUCCAGUCCUAUGAACCCUCCGUCACAAUCCGCCAGUUCCUCCUCGGCAACCUCCACCGUCCCCGCCACCCCGAGUCUCAGGUCCAAAAGUUCAAGGUUCCGCUGAGCAUCAUCGGGAAGGCGCUCGAUCACCUGGGUGACUUUCCCUUUAAAGAUCCCAGAGAGGUCAGGUUUGAGAAACCGGCGCUGUUUGUCAGGGGGACAAAGUCGAAAUAUGUCCCUGACGAGGUCAUCCCGCUGAUAGGCCAGUUUUUCCCCAGGUUUGAGCUGGUUGAUGUCGAGGCGGGCCAUUGGUUGAUUAGUGAGAAUCCCGAGGCGUUUAGGAGGGCGGUGGUGGAGUUUUUGAGUCCGAAGGAAUAGAUGGCCGGAGAGAGGUUGAUUUGUAUACUCAUUGUCCAUCGUCUAUCAAAUGCCAAUAUUGCAUGAGAGGGGGAGGAGUAUGCGUCAACAGCACACACCACUUAGACAUAGACAGAAAUUAUAGACCAAACACAACAAGUACUUAAACACAAGGACACUUGAUAAGCAAA